AUGCGCCUCACUCCCUUCGACACCAGCGCCCUCUUCGCUGCGCUCCUCGCCCUCCCCUUCGCUCUCGCCUCCGACUCGCUAACGCUCUACCUCCCCGCGAAGCCCAACCCCUUCGCCUUGCCUGCCUCCACGCACGCCACGCUGUCUUCCGCAGGUGUGCACGUAUCUGCUCCGCUGUCCGCUGCGAACACUUUUGUCUUCCACAAUGUCACGCCCGGAUCGUACCUAGCCGAUGUGCAUUGCCCGACGGACGCGUUCCACCCGCUGAGGAUCGAUGUGCAGCUGUCGGAGGAUGGGGAGGAGGGCGUUGUGCGUGCGUGGGAGACGUUCCGGGGUAACGACUGGAACAACAAGGGAGAGGUUGUCUCUGUGAAGGAGGGGAGUAAGGGGCGGGGUUUUGAGGUUCGAGCUAUUGGGGGCAAGAACUACUUCAUGGACAGGCCACAGUUCUCCGUACUUGCUAUUCUCAAGAACCCCAUGAUUCUCAUGGCCGUCGUCAGUUUGGUUCUCAUGGUUGGCAUGCCCAAGCUUAUGGACAGCAUGGACCCCGAAAUGCGCGCCGAGUUCGAGGCCCAGCGAAAGGGCAGCCCUUUGACUGCAGCCAUGAGCGGUCAAUCUUCUGCCGAUAACCCUCUUACAAACUUCGACAUGGCUGCGUACCUUGCUGGCUCCAAGCCCAAGGAUACCAGCAGCGCAUCUAACAAUGGCGGUAACGGCAGCGGUGCUAAGAACCAGGGCGUAACACGGUAA